AUGACUGUUGACUAUUUAUCUUGUGGUACAUGUUUUGUCACUUUUCGUCUUUCAGAUAUUAGUAUGUUUAUUGAACAUAAAAAAGCCAGUUGUCCAUCUAAAUCAACUCUCAAUUCCAAUGAAUUGACUAGUAAGCAUGCAUCAAGACUAUCACAACCGCCUACUUGUCAAGUUUCACUCACAGAUGCUACCAAUAACAAUACUGAUGAGAGCAGUAAUAAUAAUGAUAAUAACUGCAAUGCACAUGAGUCAGAGGAUGUAGUAACUGGGAUUUUAAAGUGUGUUCAGUGCUUUCGUAAAUUUACUACACCCUGGCCUUUAUUAUUACAUGUACAAAUCGAACAUCAGCUAAUAUUUAUCAAUUCCUAUGAAACAUCAUUUUCCAAUAGAGAAGAUGAUGAUGAAGAAGAAGAGCAAAUGAAAUUAUCCCCUUUCAAUUCUGAAGAGUUGAAUUAUGAUGCUGUAGGUGAUCACUUUGACAAUAAUAAACUGUAUAGUAGCAAAGAAUUACUUGUAAAGGAGGUGAACAAUUUCGAUUCUGAUGCAGCCAAAAAAAUAAUCACAACAACUACUAGUAGCAAUUGUAUUACUACUAGUGCUGCUGAUACCAGUCUCAAUAACACCAAUAGUGUAUCAACGCAAACAUAUCUGAUUGGAAUAAAACAACGAGUUAUUCCCCAUCGAAAACGUAAAUAUUUUAAUUGUUGUAUAGGUGAACCAGCUGUGACUUGCAGAAAAAUCAGUAAUGUAUCUUGUAUCGGUUUUAAAGCGAAUGAUCAUGCUCCUUCAUCAUGUUGUACAAACCUACCUUCUGGUAUAUGUCCAUAUAGUAAUCCUAUAAAUGGUAAUCCUAUCGAUUCUGGUGUUUUUGUUAGUGACUAUUGUUGUACAAGAUCUGUUGUUUGUAAACCGACGAAUUGUACAAAUGCACUGAACACCACUGAAGCUGUAGGACAGGAUACAUCUGGUUGUACUGCAACUGCUGUUUCGACUAAAGGUGGUAAUCGUAGUGUUUUAAUGCAAGAAACGCCUGUUAAUACCUGCACUACUGCUGCUACCUCUAACAUCACCACAAUUAAUAAAACAACAAAAUGCUGUCCUUGUUCGCCGAAAAAGAUCAUCUCUAGUCAAUCAUCUGAAGUACAAACUGAUUUUGAUCCUGAAUUUAGUUAUUCUGAUUAUGCUGAUUUAGCAAUGCUGUUAACAGCGACGCCGACUUCAACAACGACAACAACAAUACCAAUUUCACCCUUAAGAUUAUCACCAUUGCCACAGCUAUUGUCAUCAGAAGUUCACCAACUUAAUGAACAUUAUCAAAAUUCUAAAACUGAUUUAAAAGUUGAUAUUCUUAAACCUUUUACUGAGAUGAAUGAUACUUCUAAUGAGGAUAGUAGAUGUUUAGAAUCUCAGGUUAAUGCUACUUCUGUUGAUUCGAAUCGUAAUAAUAAUGAGCAUAAUUCAAUCAUAUUCAAUAAUCUCACAUCAAGUCUUGAUUUAGACCUCCCAUUGGAAUCAUUGAUUGCCUCUUCUGGUGUUAAUGUUACUGCUAAUACUACGACUACUACUACUACCGCCACUAAUUCUAAUAUCUUAAUUUCGACUACUACUAAUGAUAAUAUCAUCCCUACUGACAAUUUUUCUGUACAGUGGCCAACAGUCAUACAAACAAAUAUCGUUCCAUAUUCUAAUAACACUAAUGAUAAUCAUAAUAAUAGUGCUAGUAUUAGUAGCUGUAGUAAUAAUAAUGAUAGUAGAUAUUAUUCUGAUCCUAUUCCACGACGUUAUACAUGUCGUGAAUGUGGUACAUCAUUUCGUCAAAAUGUUCAUUUACGUAAACAUAUAAUGGUACAACAUACUAAACAGAAACCAUAUCAUUGUACAUAUUGUGAUUAUACAACGUAG